UCAAUACAUUCGUGUGAGCUGCCUAUUGAUGAACACGUGUUUUGACAUCACAGAGUGAAAAUGGUAUGAAGUUCGGUCGUAUUUACUUGGAUUGAAGAUGAGAAGAAUUAAAUCAGAAGAAGAUGUGACAAAGAACCCUGAUGAUGACGUAUGUGAUGUGGCUUUCCUCCCAUACAAAACUGAGGAGGAAGUUAACAAACCUCAACAAAAUCGCGCUUUCACGGAAAAAGUCGUUUACACAGUAUUUCUGUGUUCGGCAUUUUUCGUUUUUGGCUGGACCUAUGAACAGAUGGGCCCGGCGCUAUUGGACCUCCAGUAUAACACUGGUGUGACCUUCACCUUGGCCUCCGUGUACAUGAUGGCAGUCAACAUCGCUCAUAUCGCAGGAUCUCUGGGUGUCAGCAUGUUGUAUGGACGUCUGUCUACCUCUCUCAUCCUCGGAGUCAGUAUUAUGGGCGUUGCGGCGGCUAUGGCAUUCAUUCCUUGGUGCACAGAAUUCCUUCCAAUGCUGAUGGGACACAUUGUCCAGGGUCUGUUCGGGGGUUGUGUCGACUCCGUGGUCCUGGCAGAAAUGCUGUCUCUUUGGGGAUCCGAAUCGGAAUCUCCCAUGCAAGCUCUCUACUUCAGUUUCGCGUUCGGCGCCAUAGUGUCACCUCUCGUUGUCACCCCCUUCUUACAAAGCAAAAACGGAAACGCAACUGAGGACUUUGUUCACCAUGGCGACACUGCGCUCGAAUCGCAUAUCGACACUCUUGAAACAAUAUCAAAACAUGAAGAAAAUGUUUCUAAUGAAUCGAUACACGGACUUACCUCAUCGGUGACAAACAUAACUGGUGUUACUCAUAAUGCAUUAGAUACUGCUACCCACUUAAGUGAAACAAAAAUAGUAUCAUCAUAUAUUAAUUCGACUUGUGUACAGUAUGCGAACGUGUCAUUAACAAAUUGUCAUUACGAAGUGUUGCCAUCUCAGUAUUCCUCAGAACUUUACAUUCCUUAUAGUAUCUCCUCAGGACUCUGUCUACUCGUGUCACUGCCAUUCCUGGCAUUGUUCAUCCUUUCUUUAAUCAAGAAAUUCAAAGUUUCAUAUGUCGAUGAUGAAAUUCGCACUACAAAAGCGUUAACAAAUAAGCUGAAAAUAGUAACACUGCUGGUGACAGGAAUUAUCUCCGGUAUCGACACGGCUAUGGAGGACGCAUAUGGUGAUUUUCUUAUGGCAUUCUGUGUAUCACAAAUGGGAUGGACGAAACAAAAUGGCGCCAUAGCAACAUCGCUUUUUCACGGAUCGUUUGCAGUUGGUCGAUUUGUUGGUAUUUUUCUAGCAAUAUGCUUCAAACCUUUACAGUUAGUACUAUCAUACAGUGUUCUUUUAAUACUUGUCAAUGGAAUGUUUAUCGUUGGCGGGUUACACGGAUGGGAGAAAGUUGUAUGGAUAUGUAGUGUACUAGCUGGUAUUGGAAUGUCAGUAAUCUCGCCUUCUAUAUUUACGCUUACCGAGGAAUCGUUUUUCCCCGUGACAGGGAGAGUAGCAUCGUAUUACGUCAUUACCGCGUGCCUGGGUUCGGCAUUCAACUCCUUCCUGAUAGGAUACCUAAUGGAUACUUGGUCCUAUAUGUCUAUGUUUUACGUUCUGUGUGUAGAAGGAUUUAUCAUCUUUUUCAUGGCAUUAAUGUGUUACGUUUUACUGCGUAUGUUCUAUAAAGAAGAAAUACAAUGUCCGACUAUUGAAGAUAUUGAUACAGACGAUGGUUUGUAAUCUCUGUCAGGAGGAUGGAUUAUAGAUGGCAUGUAAAUUUUUUUUUGUUUUUUGUUUGUUUUUUGAUAACGCACGGGUUGAUAAAAAAGAAAGAUAAAAAAACAAAAAAACUUUUUUUUUUGUAUUAGUCGCAUUUUAUAGUCAAAUGGUCAAAGUAUGUUACAUAUUUUAGAAUAAAAAGCAGAAGAUAAUUUACAUAUACACAAACCUAAGGUACAUAAAACGCCUGUAAUGACUUUUAACCGAUUAAAAUAAAUAUGAAACGAUUACUUUGUGCUGUCAUUUGUAGACUUAAGUUAUAAAUUUCCAUGAGAAAGUUUCGAAAGCCUAUUCAAAAUCUAGUAUUAAUAACAUCUCUGAAAUAUCUUUAU